GGCCGGCCGUCUGGAGAGCUGGAGCUGCGGGUGGGGAACAUGUCGGAUUCAGAGCUCGGCAGGAAGUGGGACCGGUGCUUGGCUGAUGCAGUCGUGAAGAUAGGUACUGGUUUUGGCUUAGGAAUUAUUUUCUCACUCACCUUCUUUAAAAGAAGAAUGUGGCCAUUAGCCUUUGGUUCUGGCAUGGGAUUGGGAAUGGCCUACUCCAACUGUCAGCAUGAUUUCCAGGCUCCGUAUCUUCUCCAUGGAAAAUAUGUCAAAACCGGAGGGUGGAGAGUGUGGCUACGUGGUCUGAAGGCGAUGACAAACGUCUGGAGGAGCCUCUCCUUGCUGCAGCAGCUCACCAAGGAACCUGGCAGGGCAUGUGUCACUAACGUGAACUCGCUGGCUGGCUGUGUGGAUGGGUCACCUUGA